AUGGAGCCUGAAAAAACGCAUUUCGAGGAAGUGGAAAAGUCUGGGCCGCCACAAGGCACUCAGCUCAUUGACACUCAGACUGAGGCCCAGGUCGCAGAGCCUCAUCUCAAUUGGCGUGUGAUACCCGUCACAGUUGGAUUCUGGCUCACAUGGUGUGCCUGGCAGUGCACCUUCAAUCUUUUGUCGAGUGUGCUCACCUAUGUCAAUGAAGACAUUGGCCCUGAUACCAACUACACAUGGGCGAUCAUUGUCAUAACCAUCGACAUUGCUGUGGUCUGGCCAAUUUCUGGAUCACUUUCGGACACUCUUGGGCGACGAUACUUCUUCUUGGUCGGCCUUACCUUUUCAAUUGUCGGCGCGAUCAUCGCCUGCACUGCUAAGAGUAUUUCCGUUCUUAUCGUCGCAAACACCAUUCUUGGAAUUGGGACAGCCAUGCAUCAAAUGGUUCUUGCGGGUAUCUCGGAGAUUUACCCGAACAAAUGGAGAGGCAUCGCUAUAUCAUCUAUCAAUUUCGUGUCCACUCCUUUCGCCGGCGUUGGUCCCUAUAUUGCUCACAUCAUCGUUGAACGUCUGAGUUGGAGGUGGCUAUACUUUGUGGCUAUCAUCAUCGAUGUUGUGGCUUUCCUAAUGUUGGCCAUUUUCUAUCACCCGCCCAAGCCGAAUCGGACUCUGUCACGACGACAGUUGCUGAAGAAAAUCGAUUUCGUUGGCCUUGGACUUUUUGCGCUUGGCCUCACAGUCUUCCUCGUCGGUGUGUCAUGGGCCGGUGGUCAAUUCUCUUGGCGGUCUGCUGCUGUCCUUGUCCCCAUGAUUGGUGGUGGUGCUGUUCUUGUAGCCUAUGGAUUCUGGGCAGAAGUCUACGGAACGAAGAACCCACUGUUCCCGCCAUUCCUCUUCAAAGACAUAAAAGGCUUCACCAACGUUCUGCUCAUAUGCUUCGUGGCAUCCAUGCCGCUGAUGUCGUCGUUGACUUUCUGGCCAAUACAGGUGGCCAAUCUGUAUACAACGGAUGCUUUGAAAAUUGGUCUAUACACUGUACCGUUAACCCUUGGUACCGUGUUCGGUGGUGUUUUGACUGCUACCAUCCGAUGGUGGAGGCCUACCAAUUAUUACCUUACAGCUUGCGCUGUUCUCCUCACCAUCUUCACGGGACUUUUGUCGACUCUCGGACCGGGAGACCUGAAGAAAGCUCUGGCAUAUGUAUUUCUAUAUGGAACAGGCGUGGGACUAUGUGAGAUUGCCAUCAUUGUCGUGAUCCAGUUCUCAACCACGGCGCAACAUCUAGGUACUGUCACAGGCCUUCUCAGCAGCAUGCGCGGAAUUGCCGGGGCGCUGGGCAUCUCUGUCUACUCAUCCAUUCUGUCGACACGGCUGGGCGCUGAUCUACCAAAGAGAUUGGCAGCGGCAACACUGCCUCUCGGCUUGCCGGAAAGCUCCUUCCCGAUUCUCCUUGGAGCUGUCUUCACCGCGAAUUUCACGAGCAUUCCGCAGAUCCCAGGAAUCACACCGGAUAUUAUUCAAGCCACAACCUCUGCCACAAAGCUCUCUUGGGCUUACUCGUUCAAACCAAUCUACUGGCUCGGAUCCGCCCUGGGAGUUGUGGCGGUUGUUCUGUCCUAUUUCACAAGGGACAUCUCGUCCAAAAUGGACAACCAGCUCGAUGUUGAUCUUAAAGACCAUGAACUAUCCCACCUUCAUGAUGUGCUCCACCACCAGCAUCACCAUCAACACAAGGAUGGGGUCACCACGGAAGAAAGCCGUAUCCGGGAGACUGUCUGA